UUUAUGUGUUUAAAAUGCCGCGAUCGUGAAAUAUCAAGAUUCGACCGCGGUCGAGUUUUAGUUGAAUGUGACACCAUCCGUUUUCGCAAAACGCGAGGAAGGGAAUACGGAGAGAGGCCGAUCGGUGGUCAGCGAUCUUUCUUCGCGAUGCGAUUACGAUGAUGGACGUACCCAGGUGCGCGAACGAUCGAUGCGUAAACGUUUCGCUGGAACUAUAGAUCGACACACAAAGAAGCGAGAAACCUGCGGCUCACACAGGAGAGAGAGAGAGAGAGAUUCCGGCGGAGUUUUUAAAAUGGCUAGGGAGUGGACCGCACUGAGGCGAUGGAAUAUCGAGAUUCGUCAGUCAUGUAGAAGAAAGUCGAUGUCGGAUCAAAAGCUUUCGCGUUGAUCCUGCAGCAGAUUUCCGCGAGAGAUCCGUCACACAAUGACGAAUUCGGAUCGCCGACUUCUCUUAGUCUCGAACAAAGCGAAAGAAUGAGACUCCAACAAUAAGACGGAGAGAUAUUAUCCGCGAGAUUCGAUGAACUCGGCGAGUCGAGCAGGGACCGAAAAGAAACGGAACGUCAUCUUGAAGACAAUGUCGUGAAUCUCGCGAAGGGAGCGUCACCGGUGCGCAAAUUUGGAGAAUUUUCGGGAACGGUGAGAGAGAGAGAGAGAGAGAGAGAGAGAGAGAGAGAGAAGUUUCGUGUGUUUUCAAGUUGGAUUGAACUCGGGUGAUUUCGGGACAGCUUGUCCGGAAAAUUGGCAGUGUGUUGGUUCGUGAAGAUUUUCGCAAUGCAUUGCAAUGGACCGCGCAAGAUUCUAGCUAUGAGCGAUGCCUUUGAACGUAACGUUCAUCGAAAGUUCGGCCGUUAGUUCCACACCGUUGGAAUUCGCCUCGCCGAGGGCUGAUUCUUUCGCGCGAUUACGCGAGGCGGAACGACGUGCUUGAGGAUUCCGAAAGAGCACGAGAAACGGGCUCGCUCGCGCAUCUCGCUCUCUCGCAAUUCAUUUAUAAUAAUUGAAGCAAUCAUGCGUCGCACGAAUGGUCGCGGCGACGACGUCAAUGGCGCACGUCCAAUCGCCAAUCGUUACAUUAGAUUAUGGAUUCCGCGCAAUAUCGUGGCUAUCGUCCGUACACGUACCAGUGUAUAGUAAUUCGACAAUCGGGGCUUCAGCUCGUUCGUGAAUCGAUCAGAAGACCGCCGCUAUCGUGGCACCGGAGUCGUCUCGGAGAAACGAAAGAAAAAAAAAAAAAAAUUCAAAAUAUAUCGAGAAGAGAACGAUCCAUAUAAAGAUUCAAAAAUUCUACGGACAAUCAAAACUAACUAAAACCAAACUUUGAUCGCCACAUGCGCAUAUCUCUGCGCAUGUAAUAAACGCGCAACGUAUACAAAUCCAGUGAAUGUGAAAAGUGUCGGUUUUGUCGUAUCGCGCUUGUUCGUAACUCCUCCCUCGUCGGCUUUUUGUUAUAACGCAAGCCUGCUCAUUCUCAUUCCUCUCUCUCGAGCAGUGUGCAGAUAAUACGUAUAAACACAUACACACGAGCGCGUAUACGAGCGGCGGAGAUCGCGUGCCCGCGUGGUCUCGUGCCUCGACGCUUGUCGUUACACGUCCUAUCGCAAGUGUAACGAAACUUCCUGUAUACAUGCGGUAUCGCGCCCUGUCACGGUACAGUAAAGUUCGCGCCGUACUGUGUAUGGACCAGUCUGCCGUUUAAACGGUCUGGAUUCCAUCCUCGAGUAGUAGCGUAAAGAGAAAGAGAGAUCGAGAAAGAAAGGAAGAGAGAGGAAGAUCUCUCGGCGGAGGAAGAUAUGUGCGGCGUGGGAUAUCCGUUUCGGAUCGGUCUCGACUAUCGGAAGUCGGUACGGAUUCGUCGGUACGGUGGCACUCGCAUUUAAGGCAACCUGAAACGAUACGAGGGCUGGAAGGGAGGGAGGGAGAGAGAGAGAGAGAGAGAGAGAGAGAUAGAUAGAGAGUGCGGAUCGAGGGUGCGUGAGCGGUUCUAAUCAACGUCGAUCGAGUUAGAUUAGGGUCGAAGUGGUUCCGAAAAGGGGCACCGAUAAAAGCUAUGGGCAUCAUGGAUGCGUGGAAGCGAGGUCGGAUAAUCUAUGCUUAUCUCAUAUGGGUCGUCUUCAAGGCUACCACGGCGGGGGGACUUUAUGAUGCCAUGAAUUCGUUGGUGGAGGAGGUGGUCGUGGAAGCGGGGAAGAACGUCACGCUGGGCUGUCCGGGCGUGACGGAGGAUUCGCUGGUGUUGAUGCUGGAGUGGCGGGCAAACGGGAUGCGGUUGCUCGAGUAUAAGAGCAGAAGUACAACCGUCGUACGGCGAACAGAACAGAACAGAAUGUCCCUGUCGUUGAAAAAUUAUUCGUUGCAGCUGCAUCCCGUCACUGCCGCCGACAGCGGUAUGUACGAGUGUCUCGUGAACAAUCGGAAUGCGCCGGAAGCUGUGAUCAAGCUCAUCGUGCGAGAUGUGCCUGAUCCACCGGAACGACCGCUUGUCAUAAGUUACACAUCGAAAGCUGUGAAUAUAUCGUGGGCACCUGGUGUUAAUUCCCACAACACUCCAAUUUCGCAGUACGUCAUCUACACCCGGAUCGACGAAAAUGGUCCAUGGAACGCGACGAAGGAGAUCAUAACGCCGCACAACGAUACGUUCUACACCGUCGAGAACUUGAGGCCAUUCACGGUAUACAGCUUCCGAGUGGCGGCGAUAAAUGCUCUAGGACGCAGCAAGCCCAGUCAAGCAUCCUACUAUAUGGUGACCCUUCGUGAAAUACCGGAAGGAAAACCGACCAUCACGGCGGCCCAUAACACCUCAGCGACGUCUAUUUAUCUGGCAUGGAAGCCACCGAGUCGUGAUACCAUACACGGCGAGUUCCUUGGAUAUCGCAUCGGAUACCGACGACGCGAGAAAGCGGAUGAAGAAAUGAAAAACAUUUACAUUCGCGACCCUGCCGUCGACAAUCACAGUAUUCAUAAUCUGGAUACCUUCACGCAGUAUCUAGUUUCGCUGCAAGUCUUCAAUCCUGAAGGUCAUGGACCGGCUUCGACCGUAACGGUGAUGACCGACGAAGGCGCUCCAACAAAGCCAGAAAACCUCACCUCCCGGGAAAUCACGGGCAACACCAUUGAACUCUCGUGGUCGGAGCCCGAGAAUGCCAACGGUAUCAUCGUCGGUUAUCGCGUUUACUAUAUGCAUUCCAACUAUACGGACGUUAAAAUGCACAUACCCGAUAAAUCUGCGGACUCGGACGACCCGAAUACCAAAUUCAUCUUGAAAGAUCUCAAUCCGAACACCGACUAUAAGAUUUGGGUGAAGGCUUACACGCGUAAAAACGAAGGCGAGCCUUCCGAUCAGAUUAUUCGCAGAACCGAUAUAACAGGACCAAGUGCACCUUUAAUCUUGAAUUUGACUUGCCAGUCUCAUCAGUCCCUUUAUAUUCAGUGGGCCAGGCCGGUUACUUUUUCAGGCUCGAUCGACUAUUACUACAUCAAUUAUCGACCGGAAAAUGGAAGAUAUUACGAAGAAAUUGAGCUAUCUACCGAGAAGAAUCAUCUCGAAAGCGGGGCGAUCAUACCCAAUCUGACUGUAAACACCAUUUACGAGAUCGUGGUACGGGGAGCUACCAGAAGCACAAUAAACAGCCACCUUAUUCAAGGCGAAAGCUCUACACCGGCGAAGGUAUUGGUCACUCGCGAUUGCGACAAGAUACCGCCCUCGAUGCAUCGCAGCGGUAAAGAUCUCACUCCCGGAGUGAUCGCCGGGAUGGUAUGCACCUGUUUCAUCGUAAUGCUGGCAAUUACGGCCUUCGUGUUGUGGAAACCGAUUUUUAGGAAAUGCUUCCACACUGCCUACUAUUUUCUGGAUUAUCCGCCGCGGAAUGUUCCCACUCUUCAAGAAUGGGAAAACAGCGAGCAGGACGGCGAGAGGACCGCCGUGGCCGUCCAGCAAUUCGUUCAGCAUGUCGCGAGUCUUCACGCCGACGGGGACAUCGGUUUCAGUAAAGAAUACGAGCUCAUACAAUCCGAAACUGGGGACUACACCGUGGAGAAUUCUCAAUUCGCCGAGAAUAAGGCCAAGAACAGAUACUUGAAUAUACUCGCAUACGACCAUACUCGUGUGCAAUUACUCUCCUGCGGCGGUGGGCCUCCUAAAAAGGGUCAAGAUUAUGUUAACGCAAAUUACAUCGACGGGUGGCAAAAGGCGCGAGCAUACAUUGGUACCCAAGGUCCACUUCCGCCUACGUUCGAUGGCUUUUGGCGGAUGGUUUGGGAGCAACGCGUAUCGAUAGUCGUAAUGAUUACCAAUCUGGUCGAACGCGGACGUAGGAAAUGUGAUAUGUAUUGGCCCAAGGAAGGGACCGAAACAUACGGUUACAUUCAAGUGACUUUAGUGAAGGAGGACAUUAUGGCGACAUAUACCAUCCGUACUCUUCAAAUCCGACAUUUAAAGCAGAUUAAAAAGAAGAAAAAUGGGACCAAUAUGGGCGAACGUACUAUAUGGCAAUAUCAUUAUACCAGCUGGCCUGAUCAUGGUGUACCCGAUCAUCCAUUACCGGUUUUAAGUUUUAUCCGUAAAUCGUCCAACGCUAAUCCACCCGAAGCUGGACCUAUCGUAGUGCAUUGCAGCGCCGGCGUUGGACGUACCGGAACGUAUAUUGUGAUCGACGCCAUGCUGAAGCAAGCCAAAGCCAAGAACGAAAUCAACGUAUUUGGUUUUCUCAAGCAUAUCCGUACCCAGAGAAAUUUCCUGGUUCAGACGGAAGAACAGUACAUUUUUAUUCACGAUGCUCUGCAGGAGGCGAUAGAGAGCGGCGAGACCAAUAUCAACUCUAACAAUUUAAUGAAGCACAUUCAAGACAUGCUAUGCCCAUCGAAUAACAAGACUGACGCGUGGAAUAACAUAGAAGCUCAAUAUAAACUGGUAACGUCAUGGAAACCUAAGGAUUUUAAUCUCGUAUCCGCUACCAAAACUUGCAAUAUUCACAAGAAUCGUAAUAUGGACAUCAUUCCCAUCGAAAAUGCGCGCGUCCAUUUAACGCCGAAACCUGGUGUCGAUGGAAGCGACUACAUAAAUGCGACAUGGGUUUCAGGUUUUCAACGCAAUCGCGAGUUUAUUAUAACGCAACAUCCGAUGGAGAAUACCAUAAUGGAAUUCUGGCAAAUGAUGUGGGACCACAAUGCACAGACUAUUGUUAUGUUGACUCAAUGCAACGAGGAAUAUCCAGAGUUUUGGCCUAUUGAAGGAAAGGAUCUCGAAUCCGAAACGUUCCGAGUACGACUCUGCGGAACAAAGGAGACUGUGAAUGGGACUAUCCUACUCGAAGUCGCAGUACGAUCAUUGCAAGAUGAUUACGAACUCAGCGCUAGGAUUGUUCAAGCGCCGUCGAAUCAGAACGGUCUGUGGCCGCAUAAUAACAAUCCAAAGACUUUUGUCAGCAUCAUCCAGGACUUUCAUCGAGAUUAUCAGAACGGUCCUAUCGUCGUGAUGGACAGGUAUGGCGGGGUUGAGGCUGCACUCUUUGUUUUAUUGACUACCUUAAAUAAACAAUUGGAAUUCGAGCAAAGUGCUGACGUUUACAUGUUUGCGAAAUUGCUUUAUAUGAAGCGACCCGGCGUUUUCCGUACAAAGGAGGAUUAUGUAUUGCUGUAUCAGUGCUUGGAAUCCAUGCUGUCGACGAAAAGCCGCGCGGAACCUGAUUUGUACGCCAUGGCAAAUGGACAUGUUGCCUCACUGAACGAUCCGAACGAGAUCAGGUCGGCCUCAUCGAUUCAACAUAUGCCGAUAGAUUAUCCAUCUAAGUCAUCCGUCAUUCGCGAAUAUGCUACCGUAGAAGUCAGUUCCGAAUACCUAUCCGAUUAUACCAUUCCCAUACGCGUGGAUCAUCCGAUCGAGUCGUCCAGCAGCCGUGGGAGCGAACCAUGCCUCUCCUCCCACGGCGGCAGCAACGAUCAUGUAGUAUCACCAUCGGAAAAAAGCAUGGUGGUGUCACAGAGAAACAUUAGCUAUCAUAAUCACCCACAAUCUGGCGUAUCCGUAAUGGUUGAUGCUAACGGUUAUAUCACAAAUGGCAGCAUGCGUGUACCCUCCGAUAAUAUGGAGCCUAGCUGCAAGAUGAUGCCACAAUGAUGCCGGCCUAUCUUCGGUUGCAGCGCACCCUCGCGAAGGUCGGCCCCGCUGUAAUCGAAAUUUCUUGAAUCGUUGGAAGUUUAAUCUUGACCUGACUAAUCUUCGCAUCGCGAAGGAAGUGAUAAUUCUUAUUCAAGGGAAGCUGAAGGAUCUUCGAACGGAUUUCUUAGUGUACAUAAGAUUAAGGCUAGACGUGAAUGUUAAACGUGAAGGAUUAUAAAUUUUGAUAAGAAAAACCCGUUACCAGCGGCGCAAGAGCGGACAGUGCCAAACAAAGAGACAAAAUGCCGCCGAUGUAUGCCGAAUGGGUGACAUUUAUCUUAUCCGUCGCGUAAGUUUAUGCUGUUUAAUCGAUAUGUAUAUAUUAUAUAUAAUUAUAUAUAUUUAAUGACACACAUCAUACAUACACGCGCCCGAUUGCAUAGACACAUGCAUAAGUAAAUAUACGUAUAUAUAAGUUCACGCGUACAUGCUAUAUAAUAAUAUAUAUAUAUGUAUAUGUACGAGAUGUGUGUGUAUAUGUAUGUGUGAGUAUGUGUAUAUGUCGAAUAUCCAACAGCUUCGAGUUGCCAAAGAAUCACUACGAUAGCUUAAUUGUUAGAAUGAUACUCCCGUGGAUGAAUGUGUAUAUAUAUAUAUAUAUAUAUAUAUAUAUAUAUAUAUAUAUAUAUAUAUAUAUAUACAUACAUACACGCGUAUCUAAUUAUACUAUGUGUAUAGUUUAUUAUACAUGCGAGGAGUGCUUCGUAAAGACGAAAUCUCUCGCAUAUACAGAAUCAUGACCGUCGCGCAUAACUAAACUAUAAGCAUCUGCCCUCUCUCUCGUUAUUCAUCUAUUCGAUUUGGUCCAAGUUUUGGCCGCACGAUAUGCGCAGCUUAUCGUACUGUUACUGCCAUUUAGGGAAGAUAUUUAGCGACUUGCCGAGCAUGUUAAUAGUUAAUUCAUAAAAUUAAGUUUAAUCGUGUCAUUUUUCACAUAAGAUUGCUUGACACAUAUAUACAUAUGUGCAAAUCAAAUCAAAACUCACAUCGUAUAACUACAACGUGUCAAGUUAAUUCGCAUCAUUCAAACGAUAUCGGUAAACGAACUGAACGCACAACUUCAUAGAAAAUUAUAUGGUUUUAAAUAAUCGAACAUGUUAAGAGAUACAAAUUUUCUAUGAAAAAUAGCGCGAAUCUUACAGAUAUCAUAAGUCUUUUACGAAGAAUAUAGAAGCCGAUACUAUCUCUGGUUGAUUUACAUUUUAAAGUUUGCUUUUUUUAAAAUUAAAAACAUGAUAUAAUAACUUUCUUAUGGUGAUGACAAUCGCAAUAUUUUAAUAAUUAUAAUUUGUCGUUAUUUAUUUUAUAUAGAAGAGAAUUGUGCGUGUGAAACAAAUCCUAGUAAAACAAUAUUUUAUAAAUGUAUUUGCAUUUUUAUAUGUGUUAAUAUUACUAUAUAUGAAAACGCAUGAACGAUCAUAGAUUUUUGAAAAAAAGUUUAUUUAUUAGACUUUUACAUCUAUCGAUAUUUAAGCAAAUAACUGGUUAUGCCCAUAUAUUUACAAAAUAAUAUUUAAUUUGUUUUCAAUUUGCUUAAUAAUUUAAUGAACUAAGCUAUCAACGAAAUGAAAGAUUCGACAAAAAAAAAUCGAAAAUCGACAAGUCGGUCAUCUUGUUACAUUAUCGCGCAUAUUGAUUUUUAGAAGUGUUUUUAUCGAUUAUUUGUUAACAACCCAAUGAAAUAGAUACUUUAUGAAGUGUACGUUCCGUCGCUUGUGGCCUAACUCUAUAGUACAAAUUAGAUUCUAUGUUCGAACAAUUAUUCAUUUAAUUAAGUGCAAGAGACUUUCAAACCGGUUUGUUUCAACUUGCCGAAAUUAUAUCAUAAUUAAGUAAUAACAUGAUUCCAAUAAUAAUACUACAAGCAUUAGUUUAUAUUAAGUAUAUUAUAUCGAGUAAUAUCUUCCAUUUUUAAUUGAUAAUGUCGCAAAGAGAAAGAAAGAAAAAAUAAAGUGUUUUUGCAUUUCCUCACGAAUAUAUAUUCAAUAGAUUUAUUUUAUAUUACGUAUUAUUAUGCAUAUUAUCGCGAAGAUUAAAAUCACUUUUCAUCUUUUAGACAAGCUACUUUAGCAAAGAUACUGAAUGAAAGGGAGAGAGCAGAGGCAAUAAUUGCAGUGUUGAAACUGAAAUGUACAUAAAAAGAAAGAGAGAAAGAAAACUCUCUAGUUUUCUUGAUCAGCCUACUGUGAUUAACUAUGAGAAAAUGGUCAUUGGACACAUGCUCGUUAGAGAAAAUCGCUUUACCACCGAUAUACAUGAAUAUACCAUCAAAAUUAAGAAUGUUUGUAUAAACGUGUAAGACUGACUGUAUUCGUGAAAAUCAGGAGAAUUCCCGACUCUCGUUUGCUUGCGUUGAAAUCGUGGCGAAUCACGAUCGCGAGAGCAUAAGACAAAGAUUUUUCGAGAAAGGGAUAGAACACGCGACAUCACUACCUAUUCCUUUCUCAUAGAGUUACUCUUUUAAGAACUAUGAAGUAGCACCAAAACGUAACAACGCGCUUGCAAUGCGAGUAAAUGCAAGCAUUUUCCGAAAAUGUGAAUCGAUUUUCGAGAUCCCGUAUUGAUCUUAUGUACAUUCAAUUAAAACAGGAUCGAGUCUCGAUUAAUUAUCAAUUCGUAAAUACGAACGGAACACCUAUCGAUUAUUGUCUAGCUAUAGAGAUUACUAUGUAUGUAAAAAACGUGUCUUUUAAUUAAUGCCGUAAUAAUUUAAGUCAUCUAAAGAAACAAAAGCGAGAAACGAUAUUAUAUGCAUAUACACAUACACAUGCACACACAAAUACAUGAAUAAGCUACACCGAAGAAAUGCAUACACACCUGAGUGACAGACAGCUCACACAAACACGGACUCGUCGCGCUAAUACUUGUGUGAAAAGAAAAAAAUAUAUAUAAAUAUUUAUGAUAUGAUAUAAAAAUGUGGAGGGAAUCGGAGAAAAUAAGAUAUAAUUGUGGAUGCAUGGUGGAUGACGAUCGCCCGGUUUUGAGAUCAACGGAGACACACAAAGACAAUGCCAUAUAGAAAGGAUAGUGCUCGAAUUUUGUGAAUGAUUUGUACAGCUAACGACAAGAGCGAUAUCUCGUCGUGCAAAACGAGCAGAGACGCGAUCUAUAUACUGUAUUUUACGAUAUUAUACGGUUAUAUAUGCAUGUACCUAUACACGGAUAACACAAAAUAGACGUCUAAUGAAGUAUGAAUGGCCGUCGAGAGACAAGGCGAUCGUCGAGAGAUACAGUCGCCCGUAUAUAAUUCGGUGAUAAAAUAGGUGGUGUGUAUAGAUAAAAUGUAGACUCUAGUCAACAUAAUAUUUGUAAGAUGACACACACGCACACAUCUUAUUCGUUCCACCGUUAGCUCGCAUCUAGUUCUUUUGGUCUGUUCGUUUCGUUAUUUUUCUUCCGAUAUUAAUGAGAGACAGGAAGAAAAAGACAGAAGAUGAUGUCAACGCGUGAUCGCAUUUUCCAUCCUUUAUCCACUGGAUGAUAAAAUAGCUGUGCUGCGAGAAGUAUAUGUCGAAUGCCUAUUCAAGAAGAGAGCGGAAAACUCUUUUUUUUUCUUUUUAUUAAAAUGUCACUUUGAAACGCGAGCUCUUAUACAAGUAUUGUUUCACCGAUACUGAUUGUAGAUAUUUUCGGACAUCGUUCAAUGGGAUGAAUAAAAGCGAUCAAAUAGCAUCCAUCGCGAAAAUUCUUUUUUACACGCAUGAUAUAACAAAGAUCGCGUAACUAUAGCAUUCGUGUGGAAGAGUGGUCCGAAAAAUGGUUUUAUAUGAUUAUAUAUAUACAUAUAUAUACACACGUAUAUGCAUAUAUAUGUAUAUGUCUGUAUGUAUUUUAUUAUGUGAAACAGAAUUGGAAACGAAUCGAGCGUGGAUCAUGUUGGCGCGGUCAACAUUCAGAGUCUAUUACUUAUAUGAGAUAAAAGGAUCUGGCGUAUGUAGAAAUGGAUGUAUUAAUAGAGAAUGUAUAUGUCGAAUGCCUACUCGAAACUUCAAUAGACAACUGUGAAAAAUCACACUCAAGCAUUCGUUCAAUUGUUUCGCGUAUAAAUAUAUAUAUAUAUAUAUAAGUUGCCGCAGUGUGUUUACGACUUUAUAAUUAUUUAUUAUGCGAAUCGUCGCAGCACAUACAGGAGACUCCCGUUCGAACGUACGCACUACGGCCUAUACUAACUGUAAAAAAAAAAGAGAGAAGAAGCUCUUUAUAUAUAUAUUCGCACACGAUGUAUUAACAAUUCACGAAUGAUCCGCCGGUUUUCGUCCAAACCGGCUAGCGUACGAAAGCUGUAGCGGUUCAAAAAAAAAUUAGAAAGUUAGCGAGAGUCUUGAAGGACACACGGGGUGUCACAAAUCCGCGCCAUGCCCAAUUAAUAUCCGAAUACGAUGAGAAAAACGAAGCUGAUAUAUAAAACGACAGUUGAGGCUGCCACACGUAUCUACGAACAUUUCUUCUUUUCUCUUUUUCCUUAACUCUUUCGCUACGGUACUUAAACUACUACGUGGCUCGAUGAUAUGUAUUUUUAAUGUUUAUAUAUUUCGACGACAUUUCCAAUAUAAACAUUAUGUAAUUUAACACAAAAUUCUAUGAGAUUUUUUGAAAUUCGAUAAUUAGAAAAUGAAAUUUUUGUAUAUAUUCUAUAUAUUGGAAAUAUCAAGUUAAUAAUUGAGCGAUCAAGUAUAGCGAUCACGAGAAAAAAAUAGUCGUUUAUAAUUAUUAAGCGAUAUGUGUAUUUCUUUCUUUAUAUAUAAAACGGAAAAGAGAAAAAACUAUAUUAUACUUUCUUGAAAGUGUGCAAAGAUAACGUAGAUAUCAGUUCUGUAUCAGAAUUGCAGUCGGUGGAACAUUAUCGAUAAGGCUGUGGUCUUGUAUCAGUAGCGAAAGAGUUAAUCUCCGAGCAUAGCGACCGCACUGCCUUCGAUAAAAUUUUUAACAAACCGAUUCUGACCAUCGAUUGAAGAUGAAAAGAAUGAUUUGCGUCGACGAGAUGAGCCGCGUGGCAAAUUUAAAGCGAAGCACGAAUGAAAAAAUCAAACAGUUCUGUUUCUCCUGUUCCUAUGACGUCACGCGAAUCGUCUUCUUAUCGACGCGAUUCUCGUUAUUAAUUAUAAAUCCUUAAGCUAACGACACAUGCGUCAAUGAGUCAUGAAGGACGCGAAUGCUGGUCUACAAAUGCAGUUCUCAUCAAUUUCUAUUGCUCGACGUACAGUGUCUCAACGAACACAUACACAGAAAUUUUAGAGAGGUUCAAACGAAUAUAAUGAUUGCGAUAUCAGUCAUUAUGUGCGAUAAUAGUAUUAUUCGUUUUUUUAACUGUACGCUUCAUUCGAGAAGAAUUGUCCGUGCUUAAGAACAUAUACGUCUAAUAAAUAGUUUGCGAGAAA